GAGGAAGAUAGUAGCGUAUGGAGAAUAGAGAAAGACGAUUUUCCAGAUAGGAGGAGGAGAAGGGGAAAAGUGAGAGAGAGAGAGAGAGAGAGAGAGAGAAGGGGAAAGUGGAGAGGGAAAGAGAAGGUAGAAAAAAUCCGGGGAUUUACGCGGAAAGGGCAAAAUAUUCCCCGCCCAGGCCUCAUUCAACCCCCGACAACGGGGUGGCUUUGGGUGAAAAGCGCGCACCCUCAUUGGCCGAGGGGCUAAUAUGGCGGUGUUAGGGGUUGCGAGGUGGGGCGGGUGUACGCGAUAUUAAGGGCUGCUUUCAUGUCCGACGAGCCAGUUGGUGGUGCGCCGUCGAUUGACGCAUUUUCUUUGGAAGGUGGAGAGUCGCGUCGAGCAUCGGAACGAUCUUUGACUCUCUCUUUCUCUCACUCACUCACUCACGUUCUCUCUUUUUCUCUCUAAAUUUCUCUCUUUCUCACACAUUCGUUCUCUCCGUCCGUCUCUCCCUUUUAUUCUCCACCUGUUCCUUUUAUUUUUUUUUUAUUUUUCAUUUUUUAUUUAUUUUUUUUCUUACUUUCCCUCUUUUCUUUUUCGCUUUUUCGAAAGCAAAUCGAUCGAUUUAUUCAUCCACCUUUUGGUCUGAUCGUUUCCCUUUGCGUAACGUCACGUAGAUACAAAUGUACGUAAGGUAUAAUUCGUACGUUCUGUAUGUAGUAAAGUAUCGAAAAGAAAGCGGGAAAUUCAAUUUUCACCGCGGCGAAUACGUGUGCGGCGAAGAGGAGGAAGAACAUUAAAAUAAAACCUGUGAACUUGAAUUAUCCGUCGACAGUGAGAUUCGUGAUUACUUCUCUCUUUCUCUCUCUCUUUUUUUUCCUUUUCUUUUUCUGCUUCUUUUUUACGUCAACCAAAAAGUUUUGCGUUUUGAAAAGAAGAGGACAAUCCACGUGUGAGGGGAUCCAUCUGUCUUGGAAGAUAGAUCGACGUUUUCAUCGCACGAGUAAAUCCUCUUCGGUGAUUAUGGCGCAAACUUAUAAUCAGAAGAAGAACGUUUAUAGCAUCGAUCAAAUUUUGGGCCACGGCAAGGACGAAGAUCAUGCGACGUCGUCGGAUACCGUCGGCGAUAAUGGCGACACCGAGCUGGGACAUCUGAGCGAUCAUCAGAUGAGCGACGGUCUUCACGACUCGUUGAAUCUCGGUGAGUCCGACAGGCCACGAAAGGUUCGAAGGUCGAGGACAACCUUCACUACUUAUCAGCUGCACGAGCUGGAAAACGCCUUUGGGAAGACGCAAUAUCCGGAUGUUUUCACCAGAGAGGAACUGGCGAUGCGUUUGGAUCUUUCCGAAGCUAGAGUUCAGGUAUGGUUCCAAAAUCGUCGAGCUAAAUGGCGUAAGAAGGAAAAAGCUCUCGGAAGGGAUACAAGCUUUAUGCACGUCGAGCAAGGGGGUGUGAACGAGCUGUCCCUACAUGCACGUCUACUCCAAUCGGCCGGUGGUGUACCAGGUGCGGAUCCAUCGGGUCCACCGAGUGGCGCCUUUCCGUGGUUCAUACCACCGGUUUUCCCACCCCCGUGGCCAGCAAGCGCACCGAAAUUACCACCGUUGCACGCGAUUCUUUCGCAGUAUAUAGGCCUACCUUUACCACAGAAUUUGGCGUCUUUAAGCACAGUAUUACCUGUAGGUCUAAAUCCAGGAGCUUCUUCUCUCAAUCAUAGCAACGUCAAUGGUCAUACCUUGGGGAAUCAUUUGCACGGACAUCCAUUGAAUCUUGGAGUACAGAACUUACCGCAAAAUUUAAGCUCGAAACACGAGAAGGAGGAGGACUCGGCAUCGUCGGACGAUGAAAUGAGAAGACAAAGCGCGGAAGUUCUCAGAGUGAAGGCUGAAGAAGUUUUACGUAAGGCAGAUAAUUAAUGAACGAGUUAGGAGAAUGAGUUGUUCUUUUUUUCUUGAUGGUUACCGUUCGAUGACUGGGAAUAAAAACAAAGAGAAGGAAAUAAAGGAAAAAGAGAGGGAGAGAGAGAGAGAGAGAGAGAGAGAGAGAGAGAGAGAGAAGGAAUGAAAGAAAAGAAAGAAAAAAAAAAAGAAAAAAAUAACAGUUGUGAUUGAUUAGAACGAUGAGUCCAAUACGAUGGAAGAGUAAACAGUCACAAAGAAAGGAAUCAUCAUAUUUCCAAAAUGGACAAUCCGUAACAUAUAUACAUAUAACAUGUAUACAUGUACCACUGUCGAAGACGUGCCCGCGCAAACUUUUACUUGGACGCAAUCCAGCCGUCGUUGAUGUCCGCGUCGCCGUGCUCCUUUUGCAUAUGUCGAUAUCAUAGAGAUAUGUAGUCGAUAUCGUGCGCAUGCAAGACUGCUUGGUGUCGCGUUAAUUGGGACACACGUAUGUACCUACAAAGUGUAAAUGUAAACACGUAGAAAACACGCGAUUCGCUCCUAGAGCGUUGCGUCGUUUAUAGAGACCGAUCGUUUAAUAAAGCAAACGAGAGACGAAAGAAAUGGAAGGAAAAAAAAAAAGAAAGAAAAAGAAAAGAACAAGUAAAAAAAGUGGAAUAAAGACGAGGACACAGAGGAACGAACGCACGAAAUAAAUCUCAUUGCGGAUCAUGGGGGGAGGACGGAGUCCGUUUUUUUAAAAAGUACACACCUGUGUGAUAAUAUUAUGUAGUACGCGUGCAACUUCGAAAACGAUGAUGGUUUUCUUUAUGUAAAUAUGUAGGUAACCGAUUAUGUUAAAAAAUAUAUGAGACAGAUAAUAUCAA